UGUGAAAGCAUGUGAAUCUAUGUGUGUUGCGGUUAUAAACAAUUAAUUUAGCCUAAUAUUAUAAUGGCCAGCCAAGUGCAUAGGAUACGAUAUUAUAAACCUAAGCCUGAACCAAUAAGUUGUGUUUCUUUUAAUAAGACCAAGAAACUACUUGCUCUUGCUAGAGUUGAUGCAUCUAUUGAGAUAUGGGAUUUAAAGUUUACGCCUUAUUUGGUUAAGUUUAUUCCUGGUGUUGAAAAUGGAUCAAUUGAAGCAUUGUGUUGGGUGGAGAACCGGCUGUUAUCAACCGGCUUGGUUGGCUCGCUAGUUGAGUGGGAUUUGGAGAAACUAGUGGUUAAGAACUCAGUACUACUCACGGGUUAUGCGGCAUGGUGCCUCGAUCAGAACCCUGCCAAUACUAUGGUAGCGGUGGGAACAGAACAAGGGUAUAUCAAUUUAUUCAAUGUAGAAUGUGGUGAUAUUGUUUAUGCCAAGCUAUUUGAUAAGCAAGAGGGGAGGAUUAUGUGCUGUAAAUUUGAUAAAAAUGGAAAUUUUCUCAUAACAGGUUCUCUUAAUUCCAUUAGAGUAUGGAACACGGACACCGGUCACGCAAUCACCAAACUGUCUGUAAGUGGCUCAAAGAGAAUGAAGGAUGUCAUUAUCUGGUCCCUAGCCGUUUUAUCUGACAACAUCAUAGUGUCUGGUGACAGUCUGGGCAGACUUACCUUCUGGGAUAGUGCACUUGGUGAUCAGAUUGAAUCAUACAAAACACACAAAGCUGAUAUACUGGCGAUUGCAGUGAGUGAAAAUGAGGAACAGAUUUAUUGCAGUGGAGUAGAUCCCAUGAUCAUGACGUAUCAGAAGGUUGAGAAGAGUUGCGGUGGAGAAGCCCUGCAGUGGAUGAAAAAUGUUGUGCGCCACAUACACAUGCAUGAUGUUAGGGCUUUAGUAAUGAAUGAAGACACUUUGAUUUCGGUUGGUAAUGAUGGGUACCUGUCUUUAUCAAGGUUUCCUCCAAAAUGGGUUAAGAGAGUACCUCCCAUGAUACCAGGGCCACGGUCGUCACUUGCAGUUCAGAAAAAACUAUUACUCCUAAGGUAUAGCAAACACUUAGAAGUCUGGAGAUUAGGUUCUCCCGCACUCAACGAACAAGGCCAAGUGGUAUUCUCAAAUAACAAUGAACAACAAACUGUGGUGACUAACGGUGAAACCAAGCUGGAAGUAGAUUCCACCGAGGCAAUCAAUAAAGCGAUCCAGUUAGAAAACAGCAACCGGAGGGCUUUGCGAAUUGGGCAGAGCCCAGUCAAGCUAGUAGCUAUUCAGGCUAAGAAGAAGAAAACUAUAAGAUGCUGUGAAAUAUCCCCGUCAGGCGAGAUUAUAGUUUAUGGCACGGACAGUGACAUAAGGAUGUUAAAAUUGGAAACUGACGACGAUGAGUCAAGCACGUCUCUAACCAAAAUGGUUAUCACCGGCGUGACACUACCCUGCAACCGCAUUGUGUUCGCGGAGGACUCCCGCAGCAUGGUGGUGCACAGCGAGGGCGCGCUACAGGUGCUGCAGGUGGACCCCGGCGCGGGCGCCACGGUCAUACAGACCCUUAGGACUAACAAACAUCUGAAAACGGGUUCCAUCUUACAUCUGCUAAAAUCCAAGAAGACACCUUCAAAGAGAGUAUACUUGGUCGCCGCGGACACAGAGGGCGCCAUAGCUAUUUGGAGUCACACAGGACAGAAGUGGGCGCAUUACGCUACGCUGCCGACGUAUAACUGUGUUCCGUCCGCUAUAGCCUUCGAUACGGAUAAGGAGAGCUUGGUCAUCACUUAUGUGGAUCAAAAGUUAAUGGAGUACAAACUCGCCGCGAAGAAAUUCGAAGAGUGGCCGCGCUACGGGCUGCCUGCGACGUGGUACGAGCGGGAAUCCGCCAUCCAGAGUAUAACGGCGCAUCCCACAAGGAACGCGCUCGUAUUCCAAGACGAGACCUCGCUCUGGGUGAUGGACAGACCGUCGAAAGACGCUAAGAUAUAUAACCUCGAUGGGCCUGAAGUGAAAAAAGAUCGCAAAGAGAAGAAAGUACAGAAGGCGGCGCUAAAAGUUAUUCCAAUCAAGUACCUGGCCGGUUUCCACUGGCUGGCCGAGUCAGAAGCGGUGGCGAUAGAGGUACUACCAGAGAGCAUCGUUGCGCAGCUGCCGGCCACUGCCGUUAAGACGAGGAACUUCAACGUCGGCUGAGUUGCUUCAUGUUAGUACACACUUUCUUUAUGGACAAAUCGAAAUAAAAAUCAGAUAUCGAA